GGGUGGAGGUUUUGGUCGCCAGCUUGUUAAGGCUGACUCCCUCCGGACUCAGGCUUACGACCGAAAGGCUCGGUGCAGGAAAUCUCGAGGGGCCAGUAACUAGAGUGUCACCAUGGCGAUGAGAUCUGGGAAUUACAACCAUGAAUACUACCACAAACAGAGUAAAUAUGUGGUCAAAGAAUACAGCAGCUCUGAGUCAGUGGUGGACGACUAUCAGCAUAAAGCAGCAAUUCGCAUCCAGGGAGUGGUGAGGAAGAAGAUGGUGGAGAAAUAUGUGCGCGAGGAGCCAAUGAUCAGGGGACCCAAAUUCGUGGUCAGGCUCAGGUCCCACACCGUGUUCGAGAACUCCCCCAUCAAGCUUUUCUGUACCGUGGAGGGAUUCCCCGUUCCUAUCGUGACAUGGUACAAAGAUGGUGUGAUCUUGGAGCAUGGAUCUGCUGGACGGUACAUCGUUGAUGACAACGUCGGCAUGCGUUCUCUGGAGAUUCCCAGGUGUGGCACCGAUGACACGGCCCAGUACUCAGCUGUGGCGUCUAACAUCCAUGGGCAGGCCUCCUCUCAGGCCUCCAUUAUUGUCAAGAGGUUCAGGCAGGAGGAUGAGUCCUGUUUGUACGCAUGGCUUCCUUACACCGCCCCCAUGCUCCCCAGUAUCCAGUACACUAAGAUCAACAUCACCUUCACGGAGAAGUUUGGGCCCGUGUUCGCCUCUGAGGGCGGCUCCGCCUCUCUGACCGCCACCAUGCACCUCGAACCCAACCUGGCCAACCUGCAGCCUGACAGCCAGUGGUACCGAGAUGACACCCGUCUGGUUGAUUCCAAGUGGGUGAAGAUCAACACGGGCCGGGGCACCUCCACCCUGACCAUCCCUAACCUGUUCAAGGACGACGAAGGCCUGUACACACUGCGUCUGGUGACCAAGGGAGGCACGGCCGAGCACAGCGCCUUCAUCUCCGUCUCAGACGGCCCUCCCCCUGUCGUCGGAGCUCCCGGGGCGCCGAUGGACAUCAGGAUCCAUGACGCAAACAGGGAUUACGUCAUCGUGUCCUGGAAGCCCCCCAACACCACCACCGAGGGCCCUAUCCUGGGCUACUUUGUGGACAAAUGUGAGGUGGGGACAGAGAACUGGGCCCAGUGCAACGACCACCCCAUUAAGAUCUGUAAAUACCCCGUCCCCGGCCUGUUCGAGGGACACUCCUACUACUUCAGAGUGCGAGCCGUCAACGCGCGCGGCAUCAGCAAACCGUCCCGCAUGUCCGACCCCAUCGCCGCUCUGGACCCCACCGAGUUCGAGAGGCUGCACGCCUUAAAACUCGGAGGAAAACUUGACGUGGUGACCUACGACGACGAUAUGGAAGCUGAGGGCAAACCUCCCGGGGUCUCAUCAGGGAUCUACGCCUCAGAGACAGACAGGACCUAUGUCGUUCUGAGCUGGAAGGCCCCUGCCUACUCCAGCAAGGCACCCAUGUGGUACUACAUUGAAAAGUGCCAGGUCGGCACCGCUGCAUGGCAGCGCGUGAACACGCAGGUGCCCAUCAGAUCCCCUCGCUACGCCGUGUUUGACCUGGCCGAGGGCAAAGAGUACCAGUUCAGAGUGCUGUCCGCCAACAUGUACGGUACCAGUGAGCCAUCCGAACCAUCUAAACUCAUCCAGACCCAGGCACUCAAAGGUGUACCAUCAGCACCUGGUCAGGUGAUUUCCACCAGGGAAACAGAUACAUCUUUAUUGAUCCAAUGGGCUCCUCCUAAGGAACCCAACAACCUGAUUGGUUACUACAUCGACCAGUGUGUGAAAGGAUCUAAGGACUGGACCUCAGCUAAUCACAAGCCUCACAGCAGCACAAAGUUUGUUGUGAGCGGACUGACCACCGGCGAGACGUACGUGUUCCGCGUCCAGGCCAUUAAUGAGCUGGGCCUGAGCGACGAAUCCCAGGAGUCCUCCCCACUCUCAGUAAAAGCAGCACUCACCAGCCCCACUGCUCCAUACGACGUUGCGUUGCUGGGCUGCGACGGUCAGUCCAUGGUGCUGAACUGGAAGAAGCCGCUCCACACCGGAGGUACCGCCAUCAAUGCCUACUUCGUAGACAAGAGACGCAGCGGCGCUACCGUGUGGAGGGAGGUUCACAUCCCAGCGGUCACCGAGAGAGUGUAUCAGGUGGAGGGCUUGACUCAAGGAGCAAUUUAUCAAUUCCGGGUGUAUGCAGCUAACCUGGCUGGUCUUGGAAAGUCUUCAAAAGCCUCAGCUGACUUCUCCUGUGAAGCCUGGACUAUGCCAGAACCAGGUCCAGCUUAUGACUUGACUGCCUCUGAAGUGAGAGAUACAUCACUGGUGCUUGAGUGGAAAAAGCCAGUCUACUAUGGCUCUGGACCAAUCACAGGCUAUCAUGUGGAGUAUGCAAAGAAGGGCUCGUCUGAUUGGACCAGAGCCAACGAGACGGCUGUCAGUCACCGCUACCUCAAGGUAGAAGGCCUGGAGGAGGGAGCCAAGUACGUGUUCCGCGUGCGGGGGGUCAACGAGGCAGGAGUGGGCAUGGCGUCCCUGCCUUCAGACUCUGUGGUGGCCAAAGCCCUGGCAGGUGCUCAGGAGGUGUCCUGCUCUGUGGAUGAAAAGUCGGGCGACAUCGUCUUCGCUUUCGAAUCGUGCCAAAUGAACGUUGGAUCAGAGUUCUUGUGGAAGAAGAACUACAAAGAGAUCACAGAGUUCUCCAGCAGCAUUGUGGUCCACACGGAAGGGAACCUUUGUAAGCUGAUGUUUAAGAACGCAGUUAAGGAGGACUUUGGAACCUACUCUGUCUCCGUCAGCCACACGGAUGGAGUCUCAUCCAGCUGCAGCAUCUCUGCUGAAGAGCUGCAGAAGAUGCUCGAACUCAGCUAUAGCAUCAGACACCCAAUCAUCCCUCUAAAGUCAGAGUUGGCCUAUAAAAUCUUGGAGAGAGGCAGAAUGAGAUUCUGGCUUCAGGCUGAAGAGAUUUCUUCCAAAGUCACCUACAAGUUCUUUGCCAACAACAAGGAACUGUCAGGGGCUGAUCCCAACAAGAUGGCCCACGAUGUGUCCACGGGCGUGAUUGAGUUCAUCCUGGAUCAUUUCACAGAGGACAGCGAAGGCACGUACACCUGCCAGAUCACAGACGGUGGAGGAAAGGCCCAGAGCUCCCUGGUUCUAAUUGGAGAUGCCUUUAAAGCAGCGCUGGCUGAAGCCGACUACCAGAGGAGAGAGUACAUCAGAGUGAAGGAGGGGCCCCACUUCAGUGAGUUCCUGACCGUUAAGGUCGGCGAGGACUGCUCUGUCACGCUUGUCUGCAAGGUCGCAAACCUGAAGAAGGAAUCUGAGUUCCACUGGUAUAAAGAAGACACUGAGAUUAUUCCAGACGUGAAACCCGAUCUGGGAUCAGGAGUCUGCAAACUGCCCAUCCAGCUGUUUUCCAGAAAAACUACUGGUGUUUAUAAAGCCACCAUCAGCGAUGACAGAGGAAAAGACAUGAGCCAAGUGGACAUCUCUGGAAAAGUCUUUGACGAUGUCAUCAACAAGAUUAACCAGCUGGCGGGUGCCAGUGCAGCAGAGCUUGUCAUUAACUGCACGGCAACUGGCAUUCAACUCCAAUGUCACAUGAAAUAUUACACCUCGGAGAUGAACAUCCACUGGAUGCACGGUGAAUCAAAGGUGGGCCACAGUGAGAAGUGCGUGAUUGGAGGUACUCCUGCUAUGGCAACCAUGGAGGUGAUCGAGCCCAACGACAAAGACAAAGGGGUGUACUCCAUCGUCAUCGCUGACCUUGAGAACACAAACAAACGCACACUGGAGCUGAGUGGGGAUGUGUACGACAAAGCCUACGCUCAGUUCCAGAAACUCAAGGCAGAGGCCUACGCUGAGAUGAACCGUGGUAAGGUGAUGGGAGGCCUACCUGAUGUGGUCACCAUCAUGGAGAAGAAGACCCUGAGCCUGACGUGCACAGUGUGUGGAGACCCCAAGCCCUUGGUCUCCUGGCUGAAGAACGGGAAUGAUGUGGAGCCGGACAACCAGUAUGUGGUGUCCCUGGACCAGGGAAAGUUUGCCUGCCUCACUAUUAACGGCAUUGGCAUGGACGACUCUGGAAGAUACACCAUGAUCGUUCAGAAUAAAUAUGGAGGAGAGUCUGUGGACAUCGUGGUCAGUGUUUAUCGCCAUGGAGAUACAAUUCCAGUGGCCAAGCCCAACCUGACUGCGAAAACCAUCAUCCCUCCCAAAAUGCCAAUUGAGCUCCCUCAGCCAAAGACGGCUGCACCAAGCCCCGCCCCCCCUGCCUCUCCUAGCCCCGCCCCUCCCAAAGCAGUCGGAGGGCGUGGCAUGAAAAGCCCCACCCCGACCAGGAGAAAGUAGAGGAAAGACAAACGUUGAUAUAUGUCGUUAGGGAAAUAUGCGUUGCUUAACGUAUGCACCUUGUUUGCCUAUUAAACCUUGACUAAAUUACGUUUUGAAGUCAACUCUAAUUCAAUUACUGAAAUUCACAAUCUAUUGAUGAGGGAAUCGGGAAAGGCCAAUAUCGUAAACGUGCGUUGUUUCUAGUGGAAUUGGACGUGAAUGAAUCAAAUCCAGACACAUUACCAGGAAUACAAAAUAAAAGGGUUUGAUUAAAGUUUAGAUAAAAACGCCAAACAUUAGAUUCUAAAAACAAAGACUGCCAUAAACUAAUUUGCGUUGCAAAAGUGUACCAAAGAAUCUCUGCAAACAAUGAAAGCCACAUCUACGCAAACUUUCAUCACCGUUUCAUUUCACUCAACAUAUUUAUUUAUUUAAUUUAUUUUGUGCUUUUGGAGCGGGAGUAGCCUUGAGCUAUCCUUAACGUCUGCAGAAAUGUUAUACCUAAUACAUCAGAUAUGGAGUCUGUCAAUGUGUCAUAGUAUUAUUACUCAAAGAGGAGUCCAUUAUUAAAACAACGAUUAGAAGAAGAUUAACAUUGAUGUUUGUCUGUAACAUUAUCAUUAAAAACACCCUCAGCUAACAAAGACAGGAGGAACCAGCGAAAGGGUAGCUUCGAUGGAGUCGUUACCAUUGGCUUAAAUAACUUGUUGUAGAAGGACAAAAAGAAACACGAGUCAAAGUCGAAAGAGCAGGACCGUAGCAUCACAGGCUACAUAGCAACACACCCUAGCUAACAGGCAGGAUGCCAAAAUUAGCCCCUAGCUUAAUCGUGUCUUUUCGUGUCUUUCAAAAGUCUUUCUGUUGUGCAGUGUUUGAAAAAUAAAAAAAUAAAUACAUUUCUCUGUAAGCUUUUGCAUUGUGUUUUGGAAGACCUGUUCUGUGUCCUGCUCUCAGUACUGUUCUCUUUUUUUCUGGAUGAGCCAACAAGGUAGUGGUGUUUGAGAGGUUUUUCCCAAAUGCACAUAUCCGUGUGAGUUGAUGAAAAGACAGUGAGGAUGAUUUGUUGUCAAUAUCAACUUCUUGGUGGAGGAGGAGAGAUGAGUCAACGAGGAGAACAGCACAUUCAUUAUUUCGCUGUUUCUCCUUCUGUCUGUUGUCAAAAGAAACAAGAAACGACAUCAGCCAUUUCUCUUGUGGCGUGUCAUUCUUUCUUCAAGUAGAAUCUGGGGAGGUGGGGAUAAAGGGUUUCUGAUAGGAACCAUUACUGGCAUUCUUUUGGGUCGUUGGUCCAAAUGUGAUCAAGUCCUUGGCCUUUAUGUGCAGUUCAAUGAUGGAAAUCGAUAGAGGGAGGUGGAAUGACUGAAUUAAAGAAACAAAGGAAUUAA